AUGAGUCUUAUGAACUCGCCGUCAAGUGGCCAGAUGGGUCCUCAACGCGAGACCUUGAGCCUCUGCGCAAUUCGUCAGAAAGGCAACGAUUUUUAUCAGGAAGAUAAGAAUCUUCGUAAAGAGAUCAAAACUCUUCGUCUGGUGGUCAAUCUUCUUCGUCAUGAAGUCAACGAUGUUCGUCAGGAAGCCAACAAUGUUCUUCAGGAAGCCGACGAUCUUCUUCAGGAAGUCAAUGCUCCACGUGAGAAAUUCAAAGCACACUAG